AUGGACUACCAAAACAGAGCAGGUUCCAAAUUCGGCGGUGGCGGUGUAGCCUCAGCCAGCGCAACAAACGCCGAUCGACGCGAACGCCUCCGAAAACUCGCCCUCGAGACAAUCGACCUGGACAAAGACCCUUAUAUUUUCAAAAACCACGUCGGCAGCUUCGAAUGUCGCCUCUGCUUGACAGUCCACCAAAAUGACGGUUCCUAUCUCGCUCACACCCAGGGACGCAAGCAUCAGACAAACUUGGCCAGACGUGCUGCCAGAGAGGCGCAGUUGGGAAAGGACAGAGAUCAGAAUUUGAGUGGGCUGUCGCAGGUGCAGAUUAAGAAGAAUGUGGUCAAGAUUGGUAGACCGGGGUAUAAGAUUACAAAGACGAGGGAUCCGUUGACGAGGCAGUUGGGUUUGCUGUUUCAGUUGCAGUAUCCUGAGAUUUCGCAGGAUGUUGAGCCAAAGGUUAGAUUCAUGUCUGCCUUUGAGCAGAAAGUCGAGGAGCCUGAUAAGCAAUUCCAGUAUCUGCUGGUCGCUGCUGAGCCUUACGAGACGUGUGCUUUCAAGCUCCAGGCUCGCGAAAUCGAUCGCUCAGAGGGCAAGUACUGGACUUGGUUCGAUGGAGACAGCAAGGAGUUCUGGGUUCAGGUCACCUUCAAGACCGAGAGAGAGGAGAGAUACAGCGGUGUGCCUGGUCUGGCUCCUAGGCGCUAA